GCGCGCCGGCCGGCGGCGCGUGUGUUGUGGUGCGGCGGCGGCAAGAUGGCGGCGCCCGGGGGCUCGGCGGGCGCCGCGGCGCUGAGGGCGCUGGUCCAGCAGUUCACCGCCAUCACCGGUGCCAGUGAAAGCGUGGGGAAGCAUAUGCUUGAGGCAUGCAACAACAACCUGGAGAUGGCUGUCACCAUGUUCCUAGAUGGAGGAGGGAUAGCAGAGGAGCCCAGCACCAGCUCUGCAGCAGUGUCUGCUGUCCGCCCGCACCCUGAGGAUGAAGUACGAGCUCCAAUUCCUCAAAAGCAGGAAAUCUUAGUAGAGCCUGAGCCCUUGUUUGGAGCUCCUAAAAGACGCAGACCUGCUCGCUCAAUAUUCGAUGGCUUUCGGGAUUUUCAGACAGAGACCAUCCGGCAGGAGCAGGAGCUCCGGAACGGAGGGGCCGUGGACAAGAAGCUGACGACGCUGGCAGAUCUCUUCAGACCUCCCAUUGACCUGAUGCACAAAGGCAGCUUUGAAACGGCCAAGGAGUGUGGUCAGAUGCAGAACAAGUGGCUCAUGAUAAACAUUCAGAACGUGCAAGAUUUUGCCUGCCAGUGCCUCAACCGUGACGUCUGGAGCAACGAGGCUGUGAAGAACAUCAUCAGGGACCACUUCAUUUUUUGGCAGGUGUACCAUGACAGUGAGGAAGGACAGCGGUACAUACAGUUCUAUAAAUUAGCAGACUUCCCUUAUGUCUCCAUCCUGGAUCCCAGGACAGGCCAGAAGCUCGUGGAGUGGCACCAGUUAGAUGUGACUUCUUUCUUGGACCAAGUGACCGGGUUCCUGAGUGAGCACGGCCAGCUGGACGGCCACUCCAGUAGCCCUCCCCAGAAAUGCUCCCGCUCAGAGAGUCUCAUCGAUGCCAGUGAGGACAGCCAGCUGGAAGCUGCCAUCAGAGCCUCGCUCCAGGAGACACAUUUUGAUUCCUCACAGGCCAAGCAGGAGAGCCGGUCGGACGAGGAGUCGGAGUCAGAGCUUUUUUCUGGAAGUGAAGAGUUCAUUUCUGUUUGUGGAUCUGAGGAGGAGGAGGAGUCAGAGAUCCCAGCCAAGCUGAGGAAGUCUCCACACAAGGACUUGGGGUAUAAAAAAGAGGAGAGCCGGAGGCCUCAGCCUGAGCCCUCUGCAAGGACUGAGCCUGGGACAGCAUCAAACCACAGAGUCCUGCCCUGCAUCGAUGCAGGGGCACUGGAGGAGUCACCUGACAAGCCUGAAAGUACGUUCCGGAGCCUGGACGUGAAUGGACCAAAGGCACAGCUGAUGCUGAGGUAUCCAGAUGGAAAGAGGGAGCAAGUUUCACUGCCUGAACAAGCUAAACUUCUGGCUCUUGUGAAACAUGUCCAGUCCAAAGGCUACCCCAACGAACGUUUUGAACUGCUCACCAACUUCCCUCGGAGGAAACUCUCCCACCUGGACUAUGAGAUCACGUUACAGGAGGCAGGCCUGUGUCCUCAAGAGACUGUCUUUGUGCAGGAAAGGAAUUAGCACUGUGGCCUGAGCUCUCCCAGCCUUCCUCCCUCUCCUCUUUGCCUGGGACAGGAGUUGUUAAAUAUGCAGUUAAGGGUCAUGGGAUUGCAGUGCUGGAAUCAGCCAGCUGACUGGCCCUUCCUUCUCCCUCCUCCUCCUCUCUCUCUCUCUCUCUCCCCCUCCCUUCUCCCACUCUAGUGACCAAAUGAGAGUGCUCAGUUUUAUUCCUCAGCUGCAGAGAGCAUUGGGAAGAACAUCUUUCCUCUGCUUUCCUGGAAUAAAGUAAAACAGUGAUCUGUGUAUCCAGCAUGCUGGAGCUUGGAGUGGCCAUAAUACACAAACCCUUCUCGCUGCUACUCUUAAAUCUGUUUUAAUUUAUUUUUGAAAGGAGUGUGUGAUAAGGCACGGAGGCAUCUCUCUGUAAGGAGAGAGCAUAACUUUCAGCAUAGUCUUUCCUUUGUUUGGAUUCCUUACACAAAAGGUUUCCAUUAACCUUCCAGCCCUUCUUACCCAACACUCUAGUUUUGGAAAGGAGUUGGGUUGAGCCGUGGUAAAAUACUCUGCCCCACCUAAUUCAAAGGCUUCUACAUUGCCUGCAUGUUUACCUCCUGCUUUAAAUUGCCAGUGGACAUAGUAGAAAAUCCAACCAACCCCCCCAGAAAUCCAGCUGUGCUCCAUAUGGGAUUGACUGCUUGGCCCAGAGAGAAAGCUGUCAGUCCAGUGCUGGAGCAGCACCAGCUCCUUUGUGGCAAUGGGUGGGUUAUCCAUGUUCUCUUCCCAGCAUCCUCAAAGUGUAUUCUAACUUGCUCUCAGGAUUUUGCAAACAACAAGGGUACUGUAAAGGUUUUGGAUUCCCUGAAAACACCUGCCACAGAGACCUGACAGUCAGUUGGCUUUUUUCCUUGGCACCAUGGUUGGCUUUUCUAGGAGUGAGUGGUUUUACAGCACUGACAGCAUUGAGCAUCAAUUAAUGGUUCAUAAAACACCUCCCAACCUGGUGGCUUGAAUCCUCUGGGAAGGUUUUUGUUCUGUUUCUGUGUUCAUCUACUGUCACUUACCUCUGCAUUUGGGAGGGCUGCAUGGCAAGCAUUCUCCUUGGUGCAGGCUUUGCUUUCAGCUCUGGAAGCUGGCACCACAAGUCAGUGCCCUGGUUUUCCUCCAGUGUCUUCUCUAGACAUGGAGCUGUUGGUCAGUUGAUGUUUCAGCAGAUGUUCCAGUGGGACAGGAGUUAGCACAGUGUGGUGGAUUUGUGUAUUUACAACUAAAAGCUCAGUUUAACAUGGGCUUCAGUCACUGAGGAGAAAGGCACAUGGGACCUGGCAUAACUGCUGACGUUCUGCCAGUCUCAGAUGAUUGUCCUUGUUAAAGACUUUAGUAGUCACAAAUUUACAUAUUCCAGUUUUUCAAGACAUUUUGCCUUUGAUUUUGUACUAGCAUCUGUACUUUGGAACCUCUAAAUGCAAGAAAAUGCAGAAAACGUCUGACAUUCCCCAUGAAAACUUCAGCUCACAGCUGUCUCCUGCUCCUAAUUAUUGAGGUUUGACAUGUAAUCAUGCAAUUUUAUAAAUUGAUUUCCCUUCCUGCUGCAGGAUGGAGUGUCAGGAAAGCAGAGUCUCAUCUCUGCUUCUUGAUCAGUGGUUGAUGUGACACCAGAUUUCAUCUUUGGUUUGUAAAGACCCUCAGGUGUGGAGGCUGCUCCCAGCAUGGGGAAGUGAGGGGGUGGUUCUUGUGUUUGGCCUGUGAAGCAGCAGUGGCACCUCCAGACUGAAGGAUCCUUUAGUUCCUGGAUAUCCAGAGCCCUAACUGGUGUUUCCACAUAGACCCAAAACCUACUGGAGCAGCUCCAGCUGUCUGGUUGGAAUAACAAAUCCCAGGUGUGGUUUAUUGGCACCUUCCCUCCCCUGCCCCUCCCGGGCCUGCUCCUGUGUGUGGGGCUGGGCUGAGCUUUGUGAUGAGACCAGGAAUUGCUCAAAUGGGAAAGAAGAUAGGGAAGUUGAACAUUUACACUGAAAAUGGCUUUUUCUAAUGGUUUCUAGGAGUUGGUUCUGUUCCAGGAAACUGUGAUCGUGGGUUGGGUUUUUUUGUUUCUGUGUCACAGUGUGUUUUUUUCUUAUCACUUUUCUUUUGCUUUGCUUUGAGAGAAAGAAACAGAGAGAAAAAAAUUAAGGAAUAUAUAUCCCUGCACAUGGCUCUUCUCUUUGUUCAUUCUUCUCUCUCUGCUUCCCAACCCACACAAACCCAGUGCCACACAUCAGCUGUGCUGUGAAAGCUGAUGAGUAACUGCACCAGCCAGGAUACAACCUCUUCACCUCUGCAUCCCUUUGGAGAAAUGUGUUUUGCUGGCCUGAGGAAUGUGGUUGAAAACACAAAGCAAGUCCUGCCUGGGACAGCUCGUGGCAGUGAAGGUGAUGGGUUGGGCAAUGUUUAAAGAACCUUUAAACAGUCACUUUUAGAUGUGAAAUCUGAAACUCAAAUUGCCUCUGCAGGAAAAAAUGUGUUAAAUUUGAUUGGGAAAUAGGAUGUUGAACUGUGGAUGACAAAGGAAACCAAUCCUUCAAAAGCUGUGGUUUGUGGCUUCCUGUGGGUGUCACUUGGUCAGGAUUUGCAUGUGGUGCUGUGAGGGCUGGUGGGGCCAUAGGAGCAGCAGUGCAUGUGGACAGUGCAGGUUUCUCUGAGUGGAGAACUGCUCUGGGCUGUUGUGUUUGAAGCUGGAGCUCCUUGCUGCUGGUGGAGAUGUUCCCUUUGCCUGUGCUCUUCAUCUAACACGGAUUUCUUUUGGGAUGGGAUCUCCAGCAGUCCCAGGGACAACCAGGAUCCUGGAACAAAAGGUGAAACAAGCUCUGGCUUUCCCUGCCAGGUGCAGCUGACACAUUCAUGUCCCACUUCAGAGGCCCACAGAAGGAUUUUAGAUCUUUCUGAUGCUACAUGCUCUUAAGUCAAACUGAUUGACCAGCUUCAACCUAACAGCAUUCCCCACUGACCUAAAAAGGGCAGGUGGAGGCUGGGCCAAGCAUUUCUGGCCAUACUUGUGUUAUUUUCUUCAGGCUUUGAACUAAAGUUUGUGUUUUUUAUGAUUUCUGAUGUUCAUGGACUGCAGUGUGUUGCUUUUCCUGGUAAAUCAGUUCAGUUCACACCACUGAUCUUAGAGGAAAGUCCAGGAUCUGCAGGUAGCCUUGUAAAAUGCAGUUGUCUGUAAAAGGCAUCCAGAUGUGCCAUUAUUCCUAAGUAGAUCUAAACAGGAAUUUUCCAUCAGCUCUUCCCAGAGCUCCCUGACCUUCUGCUCACUUUUAGGGGGAAGUGACACCUCUCCUUUGUCCAGCUUGUGUUUCACAGGCUCCACGUCCUUCAGAGCUGAUUUGUACACUCAGCUUGCCCUGAGGUUGCUGUGGUUUGUACCUGGGCAGAAACUGGCUUUGGUGCAGGUUUUAGUAACUCAACCUCUCUGCUGAAGGGUCUCAAAUUCAGAGCACCAAGCUGUUUCACUGGGACUCGAGCAACAAGAGAUAAAUUAAAACCAGUUUUCUUUUGGGGGCAGGGCAGCAUUUGGGCUGGUUGGCAGGUAGCCAAUGCUGCAGAGGUGCUUGAAACGUGGUGGAUUUUUUUGGUAAACCACAUAAAGAUGAAAUAAGAACACAGGGACCUGUGUGGGAAUGUCAGUGGGAGUGGGAAGAUCUGUGUCAUUUCUGGGCCUCAUCACUUCAUUUUUAUUCCUUUUUAGUUUGUGUUAAAUGUCACUACUUUGUUCUGGUUUAAUCCCUGUUUUAGUGAAGUUGAUAAAACAGUUAGUCUGGUGUUCCAAGAGGGAGGAGGUGGGGCAGAGAUGUGCUUUAGGUGGGUGAAAUGCAAAGUCACUGUCCUUAAGGACUGGCUGUGCCUUGUCUGGCUGUUCCCAUAGGCUCAAAUCCAGCCUCUGCUCUCCCUCACCCCUUCUAUUUAUUUAUUUUCACAAGUGAUUUUCUGUAAAUGGAGCAGCUCCUGGUUCAAAGACAAAACAAACUGAUGCUGAGCCCUGUGCUGGCUGCAUUGUUGGGAGUACCCCCAGGCCUGUGUGGAUUUGGAGCUGGUGAGAUUAAUGGAUGCCUUUUCUGUGAUGACUUUUAUCCCUGCCUCCUCUUGUCCAUGGGAUGCUUGGUGUCUGUGCACUCCCAGCCAACAGAGCCAUAUGUAUUUACACACACAGGGGUUCAGGCAGAGACUGCUGCACCUCAGAGCAGUGCCUCACCCUGACUUGGGUUAUCCACUGUGUUCCAUGAGCACCUUGUGAGCGAGGACAGAAAUUCGGGAUUUGGUUGCUGUCUGAUCCCUGGAGUGUCUGCAGUGCAGAGAAAAGUCACCUUGUAGCUGCUUGUGAAAUGGUGCCCAAACUGAAGGUGUACAACUGAAACUGUGGAGCAGGGGAUGAGGUGCUAUUUUAUAGACCAGAUUUAUAUGAAGAGCAUCUGGGUAAAGCUCAGCUCAGAGACACCAGACUCCAGGACAGAUGACUUUUUAACAACGAGGCUGUUUCCUGGAACUGGGGAACAUCCAGCUUUUCACAAUGGUCACUUUCUUCAAUAAUGGCAACUUCACAUGGGAGGAGGGAGAGGAUUAAUAUGGAAGUUUUCAGCUCACUGUGCUGGGAGGGACCAAACUCAAGGAAACCUCUGAUCUAUAUACACAACUGCUGCAUUUUUUAUAAAUAUAUGUAAAUGUCCUAUUGUAAUAUUUGAUCCUGGAAAUAAAACAAACUGUUUUCAGUA